CCGCCUGCUGUUCUGCUUGGCCAGAGGCUUGGAGAGUUUCUUGUUGCCCUGUGCCAUUUUUAUGCCUGCUCGGUGUGAAUUUUUGAGUUUUCGAUAUUUUUUUGCUCGGGUAUAGCAAGGUAUCGCAGGUAGAUAUGCUCGGGAGUGUGGUGAGGUGAGGGCAAGGUGCUCUAGGUAGUACUGGGUUACCCGGCCUCGUUAAAUCAUAAGAGAAAUCCUAAAGCUGCUCGUUUUGUUUUACCUUGUAAGUUAAUGGUGCUGUCGCUGGUCCAGCCGUGAGGGAUACGAGAGGUAAGGCUAACUCUUACUGACCGUCACAUCUGCCUGGGAGCUGCGGUGCUACCGGUAUAUCUCAAUAUCUUGCUUCUUCCCCUUCUUGCCCCUCAUUUGUCGAGGCAGGAUUGCUCCGGUGACAGGCUUUCCCGUCCUCCAAACGUUCCUGACCCGGUUCACCACAGCGUUCUUUCUAAGAUUAACCCCCAACGGGCGCCGAACCGUGGUUCGGAAUUCAAUUCUUUUACCCCAAGGCCAGGGCCUUGGCAUUCCUGGGGACACUGAUCCGGCGCGGAUAUAUCAUACACUGAGCUGUCUCUUCUUCCCCUUGCAACUUACCGAUUCCCUUCGGCGACGGACUGAUAAUAUUGUGAGUUUUUUUAUUCUUAUGAUUAUCUUUCAUGUUCACAUCGGGCCUUUUGUGGGAUCAAAGUUCUUUACGGUCUUUUCGUUGGGUGAGUGCUUUAUCUCUUCCGCCAUUCUCCUGACCUUCCUCCCGUUUUCUUGUUCUUGUCUCUUGUCUGUCAUCGCCGCGUUAUGCUUUUUAACGAUGACUGCGAAUUCCGGCUCUAUGUGAUAUUGCAUCUUCUUGCUUUUAUCUCCCCUUUCCGAUUAUACUCCUUUCUUUCUGAGUAGCUCGGCCAUCCAUUUUGGCUACCCCGGAAUAUCGUACGCGUGCAGUUCUUACUGACUGUUGGAAGCCUCUGGCUCUCGGUGGCCUUACGAGAAUUUCAUUGGGUUUCAAGGUACUAGCUGUCUCUCUUUUCUGUAUUUCUCGAGAUCAGAGAUCCUUUCCCUCUCUCUUUCGGUAAGAGGUAAAAGGAUUUGGAGAAGCCGAUAUAACCCUUCCCAUUUCCCUUCGUCAUCGGCGAGCUCUAUUUUGACACUUACUGCCGCGUUGACUAAUGUGCUGAUUGUUUGGUUUUACCUCUGUGUAGCCUGACUCUUUGAGAUAUCGAUCUGCUCCUGGAGCAACGGUCGACGACUCUAACUCGCUGUCUAUUUUUUAAACUCUUUUUCUUUUUCCUUUCCCUCCCUCCGCUCCCUACACUGUCUACGCUCUCUUGUCUUGGAGUGAAUUCCCACGCAUUCUAUCUUUUUUUCUGCGAGGGCUUCCACCACUUGAGAACUGACUUUACGCCGGAAUUUCCGUUCCUCUUUUUUUUUUUCCACUGGUUGUUUGUCCUCCGCUUAACCCUUCUCGGGUCAUUUUACUGUUCGGUGUCAACUUGCGUCGCUUUCCGUAGCUGCACUUGAACAAGCACCGAACACUGAUUUGCUUACUCUCAUCCUUCUUUGCUACUGCUUUUUUUCUUUCCUCGUUCCCCGGGCUAUUAGAUCCCUCAUCCCGAGCUAUCCUUUCUCUUCCCCUACUCACCACCCCACUGUUUGCUCCCCUUUCCCGUUGCUACGGUUUUUUUUUGACUCCCGUCACCCCCGUUACUGGCAAAGUUACACUUCCCUGCCUGUCUCACUUUCCAACUCCCUACUCAUCCGUACAGGUUGUGGAACCUCAACUCAUCUUUCUGAAUAUCUCCGUAAAAACUUCAUCCUUCACCUCCGUUUAUUGCCGCCUCUCAACCCUAAUUCGUAUUUUCUUAUUGAAUAGCCCUUCUAUUUCUUUUCGUCCCUGCAACCGAUAUAAUCAUGGCACGUCGCAGGACAAAAUCAAUGGCCGAAGCUUCUAAUUCCCCUCCGCCUGCGGCCAUUGCGAGGGCCACUCGUUCCCGCAAGAGUCUCGCAUCUUCAUUAUUGGAGGCCCAACAGCUACUGCCCAUGGCUUCCGAGCAGGGGUCUAUAGGCCAGCGAAGAUCUUCCAGAUCUGCUCCGAAAAGAGGCGAGGGCUUGGCUCUAAGUCCUACUACUGGGGUCAGCCCGAUGGUGACGCGGGGGAGACAAGCGAAGGGUGAGGGUGAUGGUAAUAAGGAUAAGGACCACGAAGAUGAGGCUCCCCGGGACCGCUGGAGGAGCCCCGGAAAUUCUACUAAACAUACGGUGACGACGCCGCCACCCAUUCCUGGCACUCGGUAUGUACAUCUUUGUUAUUCUUGCAAAAAAAUAUAAUAAAAUUGUGUAUCGUGUUCCGGUUUUCUAACUGUUUGUCAGUGGCGAUGACGAGGAGUCUCUGGCUGAUGAGACUGAUAAAAAGGAGGAAGAGCAUCUUGAUGAAGAUCGCCAAGAUGAUGAUAAUGGUUAUGGACAUAGAAAUGAGGAUGAAGGGCAUGUCCCACCCGGUCCUAUAUCUACCAAUUCUUCACCGGAUGGCCAGGGCUAUUACACCUCGUCGCUCAAUGGCGGGGAUAGAAUGUCCUCGCCCUCCGCUAGUAGAAACUACGAUGCUGCUACGACCAAGAGGCGGCGUAAGAAAACACGCAAUCCCCACAUCAGCCCGAACAAGCAAAGGCAGCUCCGCCAAAAGCAGAAGGAGCGGGAAGAGAAGAGAAAAGGUGAUGUUGUUAGCUCCCCGGUGAGUGCUGCGGGUUCCGGAUCGGGAGCCUUUCCCGCAGAAACCGAAGGUAUUCCUGCUCCUGUUCAUCUCCCUCCCGAUGCUUCUCAGACGGCCAAUCGAGCCUUCGAGGAGGAUUUCGGACCACUCUUGAAUAGCGAGACCAAUGCGCGGGAAGCCGGUGAGAGACCAGCUGUACCCGUGGAUCUAUCUUCGGUUGAUGCGGCGGCAGAGGUUUUGCUUGAAACUGUGAUGGGAGAACUUAGUGAGGAUGGGGAUGGCGGGAGGGUUACCAGGGAUCCCAGUGUGAAGCCCGGGCGGGAUGUUGUUAUGGCUCCGGAAGCCCGAGAUGAGGAUAUGCCUGAUGCGCCUACUCAGUCGGGUGUUUCGCUACUAAAUAUUGCACCCAACAACGAUGCAACUGCUGAGUCUCCAUCGAAUCAAUUACUUGCUGAGCUGCAAAAGAAUGGCGACGAUGCAACUGAGGGCACUCUUUCCGGCCAAGCAUCGCCCAUACUCGCCGGAGUGUCAACACCCGCUACUACGGUCAAUGGGGCCGCGGGCUCACGCCGUGCACGAUGCAUGGACGGCGAGUCCUCCGAGGGUCGGGAUUCUCCAAUGCGAGGGCUUGAGUGUUCGCGAACGAGCGGGGCCCCCGAGGGGGACAUCUCGAAUAUCUCUUUCGGGCGCAGACAAUCCUUAGGGCCCAGCCAUGCGGAUGUAAGCGAGAGGGACAAUGCGAAUACGGGAGAUGAUCCGAUUAAGGUAGAUGGCCGGUGAUGUCACGUUGCUACUUAUUUUACGGGCUUGGGUUUGUACUAAAUAUGCGCAGGGGAAUAACACCAAAUCACGUGAGGGUAAUACAAGAUUAGUCGUCCGGGACGGGCCACCAUCUCCAACGCUAGAGCGCCGGGACACAGAAGUUGUAGCCGGUGGUGUUGGUAGUCCUACAAGAACCGCCAGCCCACGCGAACGAAUUGAGAUUAGGGUUCAGUUGGAAGACCAAGAUCCUGUUGGUUUCCCCAAUUGGUAUGCGGUGUUUUUACUAAUGUUGUGCAGGAUUCUGGUACUGCCCAUGAGGCUAAUGCUGCCGCUAAUGUAUUGCUGCAAAUGCUUAAUCCGAAUAACUUGGUAUUUGCCAUUGGAAGGAAGAGAAGUCAUUCCGAAAUUUCUUCGAGAGGAGGGGGGUAUGGCUUCCUUUAUUAUUAUAUUCUUACUAAUCGGAAGGGCUACUAACUUGAGAUGUUUCAUAGAAACUCGCCCGGACAUCGGGCACCGUCCAACAAAUUGCUCUGUCCGACGUGUCCUAUAACCAUGGAAAAAAUCUUGCCCUAUCUUGAAAAAAAGAACGUGGGCGACCGUAGAAUGAGUCUUGAAGAAUUCGUGGAUAAACAUCGUGAACUUUGCGCUAAUAGCAUUCAGGAUGAAUCAUUGGUGUCUGAAGGUGAGGUGGAGGAAGAGGAAGAGUAUGGGGAUUACGAUGAUGAAGAGGACGAAGGUGAGGAGGGUGGUGCCGGGGAGGAACUUGACAGGGAAUUAGAGGGAGGAGAGGAGGAUUACGCAGCUGAUGGAGAUGGAGAGUUGAUGGAGGGGGAUGCCGGAGUAACCCGGAAGACAGUUCCCACAGCGUCUGGGGCGGUUGCAGUCUUGUGCAAGCUGGCUGGGUCGCUGCCUGGUUACCUCAGCAUCAAGCCGGAAGAUAUCGACAAGGAAAUUGAGAUCCGGGGGUCUGCUAUCACAGCUGGCCAGCUCCCGGAGGGGAGGUCUAUUGAAGAUAUGCUGUUUACUCCGAUCACACCAAUCUCCACAUUUCAAGAAUAUCUGGAGAAUUCGGAAACCCCGGCGGAGAAGUUCCUUGUGGAGGAGAAAAUUGUUGGGGCUUUAGCUGACAUGCAGGAGGAAUAUUUGCGCCUUGAUGAGAUUAUCAAGCGAAAGGAGGCAAGUACCCCGGAUGGGGAAGUAACAGCUAUUAGCCAGGUCACUAGAGGGCGUAAGAAGGGAAAGCCUAGGGCUGCCCACAAUCCAUUGGAACCAGAUGACGCAGUGGUCUGGGAAGACAAGAAAGAAGCUGAGCUUUAUGGGUUUUCUUACGACCCCGCCAUUGACAAGCGUGGGAAACAGAAUGCGGAUGAACAGCAAGCUGGCAAGUAUUCUAUUAGAGGGAGGGAAUUGCGCAGUCGGCAAAAGGCCGUUGAAAUGGUGCUAUACCCCGGAUACGAGCACAUUGAUCAGCGAGUCCAGACCAUCCAGCCAAAGGCGACGAGACGCCGGAAGCCUGCCGCUGACAAAGAAAGGAACGGGGAGCCACUAGAACAGUUCAGAGCUGGUUCUGCUCCACCACCUAUCUCCACCGUUCCUCAAAAGAAGAGGCCCGGAAGACCUCCGAAGAAUGCUCCACCCUCUUUAUUUCUCUCCGCCGCCGCCACCAAAGAUCAAGCUUCGGCGCAGGCGCUAUCAAGGACGCAUUCUGCAGAUAAUGUUGCGCGCCCGAGAGCGGGUGAAAAGCCAAAGGUAGACCCUAACAGAACACCACCUAGUAGUAUUAGUGGCACCUUGGUGAGGCCGUCGCCGGAUUGUCUAAAGAUAAAGUUUCGCGGUGCGCGGCUUGCUGAGUACCUGAAUAUUGUCUCGCAGGAAUCGAAUCUAGUAUCCACGCAGAGAGAUUUCUACAGUCGCCCGGGCCCAUCAUCGUUGGUGCCUGCCACGACGCAAUCCGAACCAGUCUCGCCAACGAGAUUUUAUCCCGACAAGCAUACCAGGCAAAGCGACUCGUUCGUGUCGCUCACGAAUGGGGGGGUCAAUGGGCAGCGAUCGGAAUCUCCGGUUUACGAUUCAGCAGAGAGCAAUGGCCGGGGGGGGGGGAGCAAGGUCUCGUGGAAGAGGUAGAGCACGUGGAAGGACGAGGGGGACCCGUGGGCCGGGUAGGCCUGGACGUGGGUCAGGGUUGAGAGUUGAAACCUCAAACGCAGCUAACCCUACUGGUCGUGUUGAGCCUUUGUCGGCCAACCCGGAGACCCCAACUCUUAGCGCGGUCGAAUAUUCCGAAGCAGAGGAUGCUGCCAUAGGCGCAGCUUCCGAUCGCGGGCACAAUUAUCAUUCGAACGCCUUUCAAGCCCCGUCUAGGAUCCCUGGCAGUGCGAAGCGUUCCGCACCCGCUGUAAUGCACUUCAACUCAACUCCCCCCGUCUAUACCGUAUUUUCGACCCGGCCGGGGCCGCAUCCGUUGCCAUUGACUUCUACAAGCCCGACUUACCACGAUAACCGGUCUUCAACUGAAACGGAUCAUGGAAGACCUCGGGUCCGUGGAAAGACGUACAAAACACCGAUCUCCAUCUCAUUGACCGAUGCCCAACCAAAGACGACCAAAGAGGAAGAAUUUAUUGCCGCACAGAAUGGAAACCUGGGGAAGCGGAAGAGGGUCAAGACGGCUCUUGCAUAUGAAGCGCCUAGACGCAAGGCCCGCGCUGUUGCCGGUAGAGAUGGGGCCGUGGGCGGUGGACAUAGCCCCGGGAGCGUGAGUGGGGUGGGAGAUGAUGAAACGGAUAGUAGUGAGCCGGAUGAUGAUGAUAGUGGUGGCUAUGGAAAGUAG